UAUAGAUAGAUCAUGGCCGUCUUGCUGCAAAUGAUGUAUGCAUCACUCUUUCUGCUAGCAUCCGUGGCUCUAGCCAGCCACGAUCCUGAAGGGAGUUGGGCACAUCCAGGUGCCACUCUUGAAGGUUGCCCGACGAGCUGCGGCAAUCUGAGCGUCGACUACCCCUUCGGCAUCGGAUCCAGGUGCUCCCGUGGUCCUGAUUUUAAUCUCACUUGCGACGACACCACUAAGCCCCCCACGCUCUUCCUGAGCGACGGCAUCAGUGAGGUGCUCGAUGACCUUGCUGUUAGCUAUCAGGAUGAUGGCAAUCUUGACAAAAUAUUCAGUACCUCCUUCCGGCAUACCAUCCUCAUGAAACCCGGUGUCCAUGUCUAUGACUGGUCUUUCAAACCGCCCGGUAGGUCCUUUGAGUACAUCGGGCAAACAGCUCUAAACAUCACCGGCUGUGACCUGGACGUGUAUUGGGUCAGUGACAAUGCCGGCACUACCACACGGGCCUGCAGAACUGUGUGCCCAAACCAAGUGAGCACAGAGACGGUGGCUAGGCACCGUUGUAACGGUACCGGCUGUUGUAGUUUUAAUGUUGGUGGCCUUGACAAUGGUGCUUUUCACCUUAAAUUUGUCCAGGGGCACACCAAAAUCAAUAACGGUGCAGGGUCUAAGUCUAACCGGACUGCUCCACUGUGGGAUAGAAUCAGUAUAACAGAUGAUGGUGGUGUCAUGAUUUCCUGGAGCAUAGUGGAUCAACCCAACUGUGUUGCUGCCAUGCGUGACAGGACAGCAUACGCCUGUGUCAGCAAGAACUCCGACUGCUACGAUACUGGAGAGGGCUACGCCUGCAUCUGCAAUGACGGCUAUGCAGGCAACCCCUUCAUUCCGGAUGGCUGCUCCAACGACAAAGGGUAUAAUCCAAUUCCGAGUAGGGCCGACUGUACACGUCGGUGUGGUAACAUUACUGUGGAAUUCCCAUUUGGCAUAGAAGAGGGUUGCUUUGCCCGGGAAGAGUUUCACCUCAACUGCACAAAUACAACGUCAUCGGCUGUUCUAUUGCUGGAGGAUUUUGAGGUGACCGGCAUGAAUAUUGAAAAAGGGACCUUUGAGUACAACGGCCAUACCCGUGGACAAGUAGAACAAAUAUCUGGAGGACGCAUCCUUUUUGUGGGUUAUGAGUUGUUCUCCUCUCUUCAGUGGGUUGCUGCCAAUCUAAGUUGCCUAGAAGCCCAACUUAAUAUAUCUGGAUAUGCUUGUGUGAGUAUCAACAGCAGGUGUGUGGGAGUAAAUGCUACAACUGACUAUAGCUUUUUUGAAGCUCCUAAAGAAGACACCUAUGUCGGUUACCGUUGUAAAUGCACAGACGGCUUCAAAGGAAACCCAUACAUCCAAAAUGGCUGUCGAGGUACCCUCUAUCUCUCUCACACAUGCACGCACGCAUUGCACAUAAUGUAUAUAACCAUUUCAAUUUCAUAUGGCAUCUACCUAGUAGAUUGUUUCUGGCUUCCGUUGCACGCAUGUCGUGCAUACAAGAUAACUUUCAUUAUCCAUUAAUUAGGAUUUUCUUCGCCAUUCCAAAGCGUAAAACACGUCUCAAGAGUCAAGUUUGACCAACACUUGUACCAUUGGAUUUGUAUCUAGAAGUAUUGUCCAAUGGCAUCACUUUUGUAUUACAUAAAUCACAUUUUAUUGGUUUAGUUAUUUUUAGGUUGAAAUCUUUGGAUGUGUGGUCGCUUUACAGUUUGGAACAGAGGGAGUACCAAUGUUACUACCUCCAUCUUAAAAUACAUGAAAACUACUCUGCCAAACAUCUAUAUGUUUAGAUGUCUAUUGAUAAAGCCUGUAUAGAUUUUGUAUGUACAUCAUGAAAACUAGUUUUACAGUGUUUGUACUUACAUAUUUGUUGAAAGACGAACAGUGUUUGUACUUACUUAUUUAUUGAAAGGCUAACAGUGAAUGUUGCUCAUCACUGGAGUACCUGGGUAAUUUGAGUUUGCCCAAAAGAUUAAGGAAGUGCAAAAUUGGGAGAAAACGGGUCCCUAAAUUUGUCAUGAAGUAUGCUUAGA